AUGACCUUCUCCGAGAUCCUGGACCGUGUGGGCAGCAUGGGACCAUUCCAGUUCCUGCACGUGGCCAUGCUAGGCCUCCCCGUCCUCUGCGUAGCCAACCACAACCUGCUGCAGAUCUUCACAGCUACCACCCCUGCCCACCAUUGUCGCCCACCCUCCAACGCCUCUGCAGGGCCCUGGGUGCUUCCCAUGGACCCAAGUGGGAAGCCCAAGAGGUGCCUCCGUUUCAUACAUCCGCCCAACACCAGCCUGCCCAAUGACACCCAGGGGGCCACCGAGCCAUGCCUGGAUGGCUGGGUCUACAACAUCACCAGGAGCACCAUUGUGACAGAGUGGGACUUGGUGUGCAAAUCCAACAAACUGAAGGAGAUGGCCCAGUCUGUCUUCAUGGCGGGCAUACUGAUUGGAGGGCUCGUGCUGGGAGACCUGUCUGACAGGUUUGGCCGCAAGAUCAUCCUGUCCGGCAGCUACCUACUGCUGGCCGUCGGCGGCUCCAGUACAGCCUUCAGCCCCACCCUGACCGUCUACAUAGUCUUCCGUUUCCUGUGUGGCUUCGGGAUCUCAGGCAUCACUCUGAGCACAGUCAUCUUAAAUGUGGAGUGGGUGCCCACACGGAUGCGGGCCAUCACGUCGACGGCAAUUGGGUAUUGCUACACCGUUGGCCAGUUCAUUCUGCCCGGCCUGGCCUACGCCAUCCCCCAGUGGCGCUGGCUACAGUUAACCGUGUCUGUUCCCUUCUUCAUCUUCUUCCUGUCAUCCUGGUGGGUACCAGAGUCCAUACGCUGGAUGGUCCUGUCUGGAAAGUCCUCGAAGGCCCUGAAGACGCUCCGGCGGGUGGCUGCCUUCAAUGGCAAGAAGGAUGAGGGAGCAAAACUCAGCCUAGAGGAGCUCAAACUCAACCUGCAGAAGGAGAUCUCCUUGGCCAAGACCAAGUACAGUGCAGCCGACCUGUUCCGGACACCCAUCCUGCGCCGCAUGACCAUCUGUCUUUCCCUGGCCUGGUUUUCCACCGGUUUUGCCUACUACAGUUUGGCUAUGGGUGUGGAAGAAUUCGGAGUCAACAUCUACGUCCUCCAGAUUAUCUUUGGCGGGGUUGACAUCCCAGCCAAGUUCAUCGCCAUCCUAUCCAUGAGCUACCUGGGCCGGCACACCACUGAGGCCGCUGCCCUGCUCCUGGCAGGAGGGGCCAUCCUGGCUCUCAUCUUUGUGCCCUCAGACAUGCAGACCGUGAGGACAGUACUGGCUGUGUUUGGAAAGGGAUGCCUGUCUAGCUCCUUCAGCUGCCUCUUCCUCUACACCAGUGAACUAUACCCCACCGUCAUUCGGCAAACAGGCAUGGGUUUAAGUAACGUGUGGGCCCGUGUGGGAAGCAUGACAUCCCCGCUGGUGAAAAUCACGGGUGACGUGCAGCCCUUCAUCCCCAAUGUCAUCUAUGGGACCAUCGCCCUCCUGGGAGGCAGCGCUGCCCUCUUCCUGCCUGAGACCCUCAAUCGGCCCUUGCCAGAGACUCUGGAAGACAUGGAAAUCUGGUCCUCACGGGCAAAGAAGCCAAAGCAGGAGCCAGAAGCAGAAAAGGCAUCCCAGAGGAUCCCUCUGCAGCCUUGUGAACCGGGCCUGGACCCCAGAUCCGGUCCUGGCUCCAUGGCCUUCAAUGACCUCCUGAUGCAGGUGGGGGGCGUCGGCCGCUUCCAGCAGAUCCAGGUCGCCCUGGUGCUCCUGCCCGUCCUCCUGAUGGCCUCCCACAACACACUGCAGAACUUCACCGCUGCCAUCCCCACCCACCACUGCCGCCCACCUGCCAACACCAACCUCAGCAAGGACAAGGGUCUGGAGGCCUGGCUGCCCCGGAGCAGGUCAGGGCAGCUCGAGUCCUGCCUCCGCUUCACCUCCCCCCAGUGGGGACCGCCCUUUCCUAAUGGCACAGAGGCCAACAGCACGGCGACCACAGAGCCCUGCACCGAUGGCUGGAUCUACGACAACAGUACCUUCCCUUCCACCAUUGUGACUGAGUGGGACCUUGUGUGCUCCCAGAGGGCCUUACGCCAGCUGGCCCAGUCCUUGUACAUGGCAGGGGUGCUGCUCGGAGCCAUGCUGUUCGGCUACCUGGCAGACAGGCUGGGCCGCCGGAAGGUACUGAUCUUGAACUACCUGCAGACAGCUGUGUCAGGAACCUGCGCAGCCUUUGCACCCAACUUCUCCACCUACUGUGUCUUCCGGAUGCUCUCGGGCAUGUCUAUGGCUAGCAUCUCCCUCAACUGCAUGACGCUGAAUAUGGAGUGGAUGCCCAUCCACACGCGGGCCCAUGUGGGCACCUUGAAUGGCUAUGUCUACAGCAUGGGCCAGUUCCUCCUGGCCGGUGUGGCCUAUGCUGUGCCCCACUGGCGCCACCUGCAGCUGCUGGUCUCUGUGCCUUUUUUCGCCUUCUUCAUCUACUCCUGGUUCUUCAUAGAGUCAGCCCGCUGGUACUCCUCCUCUGGAAGGCUGGACCUCACCCUGAGGGCCCUGCAGAGGGUGGCACGGAUCAAUGGGAAGCACGAAGAGGGGGACAAGCUGAGUAUGGAGGUGCUCCGGGCCAGUCUGCAGAAGGAGGUGACCACAGGCAAAGGUCAGGCCUCGGCCAUGGAGCUGCUGCGCUGCCCACCCCUUCGCCACCUCUUCCUCUGCCUCUCCAUUGUAUGGUUUGCCACUAGCUUUGCCUACUAUGGACUGGUCAUGGAUCUACAGGGCUUUGGGGUCAGCAUCUACCUAAUCCAGGUGAUCUUUGGUGCCGUGGACCUACCUUCCAAGUUUGUGUGCUUCUUUGUCCUCAACUUUCUGGGUCGCCGGACCGCCCAGAUGGCCUCACUGCUGCUGGCGGGCAUCUGCAUCCUGGUCAAUGGAGUGAUACCCCGGGACCAGAUCAUUGUCCGAACCUCCCUUGCUGUGCUGGGGAAAGGCUGCCUGGCUUCCUCUUUCAACUGCAUCUUCCUGUACACUGGGGAGCUGUACCCCACAGUGAUCCGGCAGACAGGCAUGGGGAUGGGAAGCACCAUGGCCCGAGUGGGCAGCAUCGUGAGCCCACUGGUGAGCAUGACCGCCGAGCUCUACCCCUCCAUGCCCCUCUUUAUCUAUGGCGCUGUCCCCGUGGUGGCCAGCGCUGUCACUGCCCUCCUGCCAGAGACCCUGGGCCAGCCACUGCCGGACACAGUGCAGGACCUGGAGAGCAGGAGGAAAGGGAAACCGAGUCAACAGCAGCAGGAGCAGCAGAAGCAGAUGGUUCCACUGCAGACCUCAGCACAAGAGAAGAAUGGACUCUGAGAACUGAGAAAGGGCCUUACAGAGCCCCGAAG